CUACCUGAAACGGAUAGGCAUGACAGAUAAGCGCUUACACAGAGAGCGCUUCCCGGGACGAUAAACAGAGCCAAUGAGUCACUGACCUUGGCCUCUCAGACACACGCACAGAGCGAGAGCGAGAGAGAGAGAGAGAGAGAUUAUCGAAAUGCUUAGGGCUUUGGCGAGGAGAGCAGCUGCUUCAGCUUCAUCGCAUCCAUGGACUGCACACUCAAUUCAGAGGCGGCACUUCUGCCUUGGAGUCCUUCCCGACGGCAUCGACCGGAGCUCCGAGUCCUUCGCUCGCAACUCCCAGGCCAUGGACGCCCUUAUCUCCGACCUCCAUUCCCACAUCACUAAGGUUCUGAGUGGAGGAGGAGCAGACGCCGUGAAGAGGAAUAGGAGUAGGAACAAGCUUCUACCGAGAGAAAGAAUCGAUCGCCUUCUUGACCCUGGUUCUUCAUUCCUUGAACUUUCUCAGCUUGCAGGCCAUGAAUUAUAUGAAGAAUCCUUGCCAUCUGCUGGGAUUGUGACUGGAAUAGGUCCGGUGCAUGGACGACUUUGUAUGUUUGUGGCUAAUGACCCAACUGUUAAGGGAGGAACUUAUUAUCCCAUCACCGUUAAAAAGCAUCUUAGGGCACAAGAGAUUGCCGCUAAAUGCAAAUUACCGUGCAUAUAUCUUGUUGAUAGUGGAGGUGCUUUCCUUCCCAAGCAGGCUGAUGUCUUCCCCGACAGGGAUAAUUUUGGUAGAAUUUUCUAUAAUCAAGCCAUAAUGUCUGCUGAAGGCAUUCCCCAAAUUGCCCUGGUAUUGGGUUCCUGCACAGCUGGGGGUGCCUAUAUACCUGCAAUGGCUGAUGAAAGUGUAAUGGUCAAAGGAAAUGGUACUAUUUUUCUAGCGGGGCCACCUCUUGUGAAGGCUGCUACAGGAGAAGAAGUGUCUGCAGAAGAUUUGGGGGGUGCUACUGUGCAUUGCAAGACAUCAGGAGUUUCAGAUUAUUUUGCUCAAGAUGAACUGCAUGGACUUGCCCUUGGGAGGAACAUUGUUAAGAACUUGCACAUGGCUGGGAAGGAAGGGCUGUUAAGUAGAUUGCAGAUUGGAAACCAUGAAUAUAAAGAACCAUUAUAUGAUGUAAAGGAACUUCGUUCCAUUGCACCAACUGACCUUAAGCAGUCCUUUGACAUACGAUCAGUUAUUGCUCGCAUUGUUGAUGGAAGUGAAUUUGACGAAUUCAAGAAAUUGUAUGGCACUACGCUUGUGACGGGUUUUGCAAGGAUUUUUGGACAGCCAGUUGGAAUUAUUGGAAACAAUGGGAUAUUAUUUAAUGAAUCUGCUCUAAAAGGGGCUCAUUUCAUUGAACUAUGUACUCAACGAAACAUUCCUUUGGUCUUCCUUCAGAACAUUACUGGAUUUAUGGUUGGCUCAAGAUCUGAGGCUAAUGGUAUAGCAAAAUCUGGAGCGAAAAUGGUUAUGGCAGUUUCUUGUGCAAAGGUUCCCAAAGUUACUAUAAUUGUUGGUGGGAGCUUCGGUGCUGGAAAUUAUGCAAUGUGUGGUCGUGCUUAUAGUCCGGACUUCAUGUUCCUUUGGCCAAAUGCCAGAAUAUCUGUGAUGGGUGGUGCCCAGGCUGCUGGUGUGCUGGCUCAAAUAGAAAAAAGUAACAAGAAAAAGCAAGGGAUUCAGUGGGACAAGGAAGAAGAGGAAAGAUUCAAGGCAAAGGUCGUGGAGGCUUAUGAGAAAGAAGGAAACUCUUAUUACUCCACAGCAAGGCUCUGGGAUGAUGGAGUAAUUGAUCCAGCAGACACAAGAAAAAUCAUAGGUCUCUGCAUCUCUGCUUCUAUGAACCGUGCCACAGAAGAUACCAAAUAUGGUGUAUUUAGAAUGUGAAAAGCGAUCAUUUCCUGUAUUUGGAAUGUGAUGAUAAAUCAUUCUGUAUAAAAAGUGGCGAAAUGCCUGCUGCACAGUAAUCCAGCUGUGGUCCUUUGGUAUCUUGUAGCAUUUUCUAUAAAAGAACAGAAGGGAAUAAAUUCGAAACUUGUGGAGCAAAUUUUCCUUU